CAAAACCCAUGAACGAGCCCAACAAGACUUUUUGUAUGUAUGAAAUGAAUGACGAAAGAGAGUAACAACACGCAAUACACAAAAAAUCAAAGUGACACUCACACUGCGAUGUUAGCACGUUGUCCCACACACACGCACACAGAUUAUCUUCGCGCUCAAAACAUUGGGACAGAUUGCAUUGAUCGCAUUGAUCUUAGAAGGAAAAUCAAGAAAAAUCAGUGGAAAAACCCAAAGGUGUGUUCUAAGAGGAAUGUCUAUUGAGAUUGUGUGCGUAUGGGGGGAAGAUAGUGCCACGUAAAAAGGAAAAUUUUAAAAAAUAUAAGUAAUGGAAACUCCAAAAAGUGCAGCCCAACAAAUAAGAUCCAUGCGUAAUCACACGCCGAGAUUGUCCGAGAGAAAAAAGAAAUUAUUUGACUCCAGGCUAGAUAAGCAUGCUGAUAAUGAAGAUGAAGAUGUAUUGAUGAUGGGUCUACGGCCUUUAUCAUCGAGCAAAUCGAAAAAUGGCUUUAACCAAAAGACACCUAACAGUACAAAAACCAUUGAGGCUCUAAUGGGUGGCCGCGGUUCAUCAUCAUGUAAGAAAACGCCACGCGUUAUAAGUUUCUUUGAAAAUGAAUCUGAAGCCGAAGAUGAGGAACAAGCUUCACCUUCAACACGAAGAAGUGUACGCCUGAGUGGGAAAAAGGGAGUUUCGCCAAAUUCCAGCAAGUCAGGCUCGGAACUUUCUAGUUCUCCGCACAAAGAAAAUAUACCCAUUAAAACGCCCAGUCGUAAGCAACAACAAGAAGAUAAACAAUUACAAAAAAUGUUUACCACAUCUAUGCAAAUCACUCCCAGGGAAAAGACUAUUGUUAUUGAAGACACUUCUAGUGAAGAUGACGAUGAGGUGGUGGAUAGCAAACGCGAAAAGGCCAAGAAGAAUUUAAACAAACGUUGUGUUACAGAGGCCUCAACUGGCUUGAGUCCUAUGCGUAAAGUGGCCAAAACAAGUGUGUCUCCUCUGGACAAGUCGGGGUCCAUUUCAACAAAAUCCUUUUAUUCAGGAGCCAAAGUUUCUCCACCCAGCGCAGGUCGUUCAAUGUGCCGUAAUCUUUUUGGUUCAUCGUUGAGAUUGAAUACAAACAAUUCACCUCCUUUGCAAGGCAAAUCAUCCGCCCCCGCCAAAUGUCAACAUCAACCGAAACGAAAUGAUCCCUUUCUGUUUAAUAGAGGGGUACGUCAUAAGAUCAGAAAACGCUCAAUUGUUAACCAGCGUCACUAUGCUCCCGUUGAUAUAGAUCGCAUUUUAAGCAAUGUCCGCAACGAAAAGCUGCGCAAGCUUAUCACCACAACACGCGAAGAGAAAAAGCAGAUAGAAAAAAUUCAUAACAUCUUCAGGCAGGGCUCCAAUCCCAUUGCCAUGGCUAAACCUCUGGCCUCGCUGACCAUACAAGAUGAUACAAAUAACAAUAAUGUACCCAUCAGUGGAAAAUCACCAAACAAAACCUGUUAUAAUAACUCCAAUUCUCCCAGAGCAGCACGAACUUACCAGUUGGAUACGGACUUUUCCGAUAUCGAAUGUGAUUCAGAGGAAGUGGAAGAUGAGGAUGAAAAUGAAGCUUUUGAAAAUGCUUUACGAGCUAUGGAUAAAGAGGUAAUACCCAUAGUCAGUUACGCCAAUAGCUAUGCCGACGAUGCUUUGUCUACCAAGUCCGAAGAUGCUAUGUCGGUAAGCAGUACAAAGAGGAAGUUCUUCAAAUCGGGGCGCCAGACUAAUACCAGGAAGGAGGUUAAAAUAACCGAUAACAUAAGGGCCACAGUAAAGGCGAAUGGCAAGUUGAGAUUGGUGGAGGAAAAGAAAAAGGUCAAGAAACGUCUUAAGAUACGAAAUUCUGUAACCAGUGAAUUCUCUGAUGAACAGGCAACCGUAGAUGCUAUACUGCGUAAUCUCGAUGACACAGCAUUCGGAGAUAUUAUCGAUACCGAUCAAAAUGAUGUAGAAGAUGAAAACCAUAGAAUUCCCAAUGAUAAUGAUCCCAAUGAAAAUGAAUUUUUGGAUCAAAUCGAUGAGCAAUUAUCCCUGAUGCACAAGCAAAAAGAACUCCAAACACCGGUGGUUCUUGGUGAAGAUCUUAGACAAGAUAUCAAAGAUGAUAUUAAGCCGGAUUAUAGUGAAUUUAUAAAACGUCUGCCUUACAAUACCAACGAUCCUGAGAUUAUAGAGCGACAACAGUUACUCUUGGACUUUCUGAUUACAAACAACAUAUGCACGGAAGAUAAUUUCACCAUAUUCAUAGCAGAUCCCGAUAAUCAUAAGGAAGAGGCUGAACGCAUUAUCGAUGAUUUGGUAAUGGUAGUGACGGGUCAGCAGCAAGAUUUUCGCCACAAAAUUCCCUAUAAUACCAUCGAUCUGCAGGUUAUUGCCCAACAGGAAGCCUUUUUGGAUUUCCUGGAAGAGAAUAGUUUGUGUACCGAAGAAAAUUUUGAUAUUUUCAUAGCCAAUUAUGAACAAAGAAAAGAGGAAGCCAAUGCUAUACUUUCGCAAUAUAUGGCUCUUGAUUUGAAAGCGGAGAGUAAUGAAGGAACAGGUGUGGUGUAUGUGGCGGAACCCCCACAACAACCAGCAAGCAAUGUGGGCGAUAACAACAGCAGCACUACGCUGCAAACAAAUGGCAUUGAAAACAUAACACAAACCCAAGAAUCAUCUGUGGAGGCUGAGGCAUCAGCAGCUGCAACCAAAUUAUAUCCCAUUUUUUAUCCAGGAGGUUGUCAACCCUUGGCUGUGCCAGUUACCAAACGUAAACAACCACGUUCUUGGAAUGGUGGCUAUGGCUGCGAUCAAUAUCAAAUAGAUGCAGGACAAAAACAAUUUGGAGCCCAUCAGUGCCGACAGUGCGGUUUAGUCUAUACCGCCCAUGAACCUGAAGAGGAGAAAUUACAUCGGGACUUUCAUGCCUCGCUGCAUGUGCUGCGCUUUAAGGGUUGGAUUGAUGAAGAUAUAAUGGCUAUAUAUCCGGAAUGGGGACCUGAUGGUCGUAUAAUACGUUUGACUGAAUCAUCGGCCUUGAAGCGCAAAGAACGUCUUAUGGAUAUAUUGAAAAUUGUUGAUAAAGAGCUGGGCUUUUCAUCAUACAUCAUACCAAAAACGUUUGUUGCCUAUUUUGCUGUAAGAAAAAUGCAAAUUGUUGGUCUAUGUUUGGUGCAGCCCCUGGAGAAGGCCAACAAGUAUAUGAAUAUCAAUGGUGUCGAUUGCUGUACAGAAGAACAAUUUGAGGCCAAAUGUGGCAUAUCCCGCAUAUGGGUUUCACCCUUGCAUCGGCGUUUCCAUAUCGCGACAAAACUCAUACAAGCAGUGCAAUUAAAUACCAUUUAUGGUGAGGAAAUACCCUUGGAUAAAAUAGCCUUUAGUGCCCCCACGGAAAUGGGUAAAGCAUUCGCCCAGAAAAUUACCCAAACCGAAAACUUUUUGGUUUAUCAAUAAUUUACAAUAGAGAGAAGGAGAGGGAAAUUUACGAGUAUAGUUAAAUGAAAAGAGAACUCCCAAAGACCAGUGAGUUUAAAGAAUAAAAAACAAAAUGAUUAUUAAAGGAAAUUCCACCACCUACGUUUUUAGCAUAUGUUGGCUAUGGAGAGAAAAACAAAUGCCGUUUUGGCUAUGGAAAGAAAAACAAAACGUUUUUAGCAUAUGUUGGCUAUGGAAAGAAAAACAAAUGCCCCUAAGCUUUAUUAAUUAAAUAUAAUUUGCCAAUAAUUUUCUGAUGUCAAAAAACAUGAAGAGAGAUUUUGCUGUAUGGUGUGAUUUUUCAUAUCCCUUAACGAUCUCAGAGUUAUAUAUUAAAUUUUCGUCUAGGGAUUUAUUUGUUCACACCUUUUGAUUGUUUCUUGCAUUUAUUUCUAGAAUUUCUAUCAACUCUGUAAGUCAUUCAAAUUUUUAGAAAAAGGUUAUCCAACUUGUUUAUAAACUGAAAACAAAAAGACCUUUGGAUAUAUAAACGAUUAUUGUUUGACUUACCUUUUAAAAUUCAUAUAGUACUUUUCAUUGUUUGCCAGCCACACAAUACCCCAAUUAAGUUUAGCUACCCGUUUGGAAUUUGUAUUUAAAUAUUUUUUCUAUUAAUUCUUAAUUUAAGGCAUUGUAUUGGCUUAAAUUUUUGUCAACUGUUAUAUAAAAUUUACGAGCAUACAUUUUUUCUUUUGUAAGAAAGGCUUUUUUACAUAUAUUUUAAAUAAUUUUUAAUUAACUCGUUAUAACUUAAGGUCUCAUCCGCACGGAAACGAAGCGCAACCUUAAUAAAAAAAAAACUUUGUUUUUUUAUUCCUUAAAGAAUAUGUUUUUUUUUUAUAAGGAACGAUAUAAGAAUACGACAAAAUUGAAAGGCCACAAGGACUUACAACUAUCGCCAAUAUAAUACAUUUUCCUAUCACUUCGUUGCCUGCCGAAGACAUCGAUAUCAUAGGUCGGUCACCGUACUACUUCCGGUGACUGCAGCGAAAGGGAAUCAGUGAAAAUGGACCUGGCACUAAAUCGAGAUAAAACGAACUGAAUACUAUCGACUCCCAAAACGCCCUGUACAACCGAUCAGAUAAAGAAAAUGGAGAAAGUUGGGAACCACAACUUUGAGAUAGUCAGCAACUUUAUCUAACUCGGCACCGCCGUAACCGAAACGAAUGACACCAGUUUUGAAAUAAAGCAAAGAAUAAUACUGGCAAACAGAUGCUACUUUGGAUUCAGUAAGCAGUUUAGAAAUAAGGCCACCUCUCGACAGACAAAGAUUACACUAUACAAA